UCCUUCCUCCGGAAGUGACGCGCACCGGAAAGCGGAAGCGGCGGCCGUAGCGGGAUGAAGCUGCUGACCCACAACCUGCUCAGCUCCCACGUCCGCGGCCUCCGGCCCGGUGGCGGCUUCCCCCUGCAAAUCCAGGCCUCGGAGGUUCGUGUGCGGCCGGUACCGUUCAACGCCGCCUUCGUAGCGCGGCUGGUGCCGCGGCUGCGCUGGGCCGCGCUGCUGGAGGCGGCCGAGAGCUUGGGGCACCCCUCGGAGCUGCCCCCCGAACCCGCCCCUGACUACGAGGCGGACGAGCCCUUCCUGCGGCGGGUGCACCACGUCCUGCUGGAGGUGGAGGUGCUGGAGGGGGUCCUGCAGUGCCCGGACUCGGGGCGCCGGUUCCCCAUUUCCAAGGGGAUCCCCAACAUGCUGCUGAGCGAGGAGGAGGCCUGAGGGCGGGUGGGGGGGGUGCGGGUUGGGGUCCCCCCCUGCACCCCCAAUUGAUUUUGGGGGUCCCUCCAAAAAUGGGGGGCCCCCAAAGCAGGGCUGAGGCAUUAUUCCCCCCAAGGGGGGGGGUGUACCCCGAAUAAAGGGAGUUACCCGGUGUGCGAGGAAAACCCCAAAUUCUUAGGGGGUGCCCCAAAAAUGGAGGGUGGGGGGCACGAGAGGGGGGGGGGGGGAAACAAAAUGGCGGGGGGGGAGAAUGGGGGUGCAGGGGGGCACAAAAUGGGAGGAGGCACAAAAUGGGGGGGCGAUGGGAAGUGUGGGGCCCCCCAAUUUCUCGCAUGCCCCCCCCCCCCCCGUGGGAACAUGUUCUGAAGUGACUCUUGAAUGAAGGGGGUGUGGCCCGCCGGGCUUGAUUUGCAUACGGGGCGUGGCCGCGCUGCCACCGCUCAGCCAAUUGCCUGGAGGGGGCGUGGCCUAGCGGCGGGAUGUUUGUGUGAUGGGCGGAGCCCGUCGGGCUUAAUUUGCAUACGGGGCGGGGCCGCACCGCAACGACGGGUGCUUGGCGGUGCUAUUUGCAUAGGGGGCGGAGUAUCGCCGAGGUGAUUUGCAUAAUGGGCGGGGCCCACAGGACUGCGGUGCUGCUGCCCUGCCACAGCUCAUCCAUAUGCAUGAAGGGGGCGGGGCUAUCCCCCCCCCCGUAAUUGUAUUCCCAAAUUCUCCCAAAUCCACGCUAGGAAUUUCAGGCGGUUUAGUGCGAUUUGUCUAUUUUAUUGUGAAUUUUUGAGCCUUUUGGGGUUUUUUUAUGCCCCAAAUCUCCCGGUUUUGCCCUAAGAUCUCCCUUUUUUCACCCCAAAUCUUUCCCCCCCCCUCCAACCCCAUGAAUUUAAUAAAAAACCCCGCUUAUUUUGCACCGAUA